AUGUCAGAAUCCUCUAAAUCUAAAUCAUCUUUAAAUUUAAACCCUUCACCAACAUUGCAGUGUAAAAAUCUCCAUGAAUAUUUAAAAAGUCGUACACCUCAAUUUUUAGAAACUUUAUACAACUAUCCAACAAUAUGUUUAGCAGUUUAUAGGGAACUACCAGAACUAGCUCGUCAUUUUGUCAUUCGCUUGCUAUUUGUAGAGCAGCCAGUGCCUCAAGCUGUUGUUGCUUCUUGGGUAUCCCAAACACAUGCUAAGGAACAAAGUAAAGCAUGUGAAGCUCUAUCAGAAUUGUCGGUAUGGCAAGAGGCACCAAUACCAGGAGGUUUGCCGGGCUGGAUGUUAGCUCAGUCCUUUAAGAAGAAUCUGAAAGUAGCUUUGUUAGGAGGUGGUCGACCAUGGAGUAUGUCAUCAUCUCUAGAACCUGAUGGAAAAGCCAGGGACAUUGCAUUCUUGGACGCAUAUGCUUUGGAGCGAUGGGAGUGCGUCCUGCACUACAUGGUGGGCAGUGCUCAGACCGAGGGCAUCAGUGCAGAUGCCGUAAGAAUAUUGCUUCAUGCCGGUUUAAUGACCAGGGAUGCAGAAGAUGGAUCUGCCGUAAUUACGAAAGCUGGCUUUCAGUUCCUACUUCUGAGCACUGCUAAACAGGUGUGGCUGUUCCUGCAACAUUACCUGCACACAGCGGAGAAGAGGAGCUUGAGUGCUGCCGAGUGCCUGGCCUUCCUCUACCAGCUCAGCUUUAGUACACUUGGAAAGGACUACAGCACAGAAGGCAUGAGCAACAACAUGCUGGUGUUUCUGCAGCACUUGAGGGAGUUCGGCCUCGUCUACCAGAGAAAGCGUAAGGCGGGCCGAUUCUACCCGACGCGGCUGGCGCUGAACAUCACGUGCGUGGGCGAGGGCUCUGCGGGCCCACUGCUGAGUAGUGGGCAGGCGCGCGGCCACCUGGUGCUGGAGACCAACUACCGCGUAUACGCGUACACGCAGUCCAGCCUGCAGGUGGCGCUGCUGGGCCUCUUCACAGACCUGCUAUACAGGUUCCCCAACUUGGUGGUGGGCGUGUUGACCCGGGAGUCAGUACGUCAAGCUCUGCGGGGAGGCAUCACGGCGGACCAGAUCAUACACUACCUGGAACAGCACUCGCAUCCACAGAUGCUGAAAUCUGAGAGCGGUGGCAUUCGGGCCACGUCUGUGCUGCCGCCCACCGUCGUGGACCAGAUCCGACUGUGGGAGGCUGAGCGUAACCGGUUCACCUACACCGAGGGCGUCGUCUACAACCAGUUCCUGUCACAGGCGGACUUCACAGCGCUGCGAGACUAUGCUCGCGCCGCGGGUGUGCUCACGUGGCAGAGCGAGCGCACGCGCACAGCGCUCGUCACCCGCGCCGGUCACGACGACGUCAAGCGCUUCUGGAAGCGAUACAACAAGACCUAG